AUGGGUUCCUGUGUUUCGGUGCACAAAAGUCGGAAAUUAUCAGCUAUGAAGCUCCAUCUGUCAAUGAGGUUGAAAAAUGACAAAUUUGUCGCACCAUCUCCGGUGAAAGAAAAGCCGGCGGAGGAUACCGGAGGUGAGAGCAUGAUUGCUAACUUGAUUCUUAAGUCUCAGUGGUCACCGGCUCCCCCUACCACCACUUUUCGUGACACCGGUAGUAAAGGGGAAACCUUCUUUGAUUCCCAAACUUGGUUAGAGUCUGACUGUGAAGACGAUUUCUACAGUGUCAAGGGCGAUUUUACUCCAUCUCGUGGAAGCACUCCAGUGCACCACAGUUUUGCUGUGGGGACCCCUCCAGUGACUAUACCAGAGGGAACCCCGGGUUCAAUACUUGCAGAAUCUCCUUCAGAUAAGAAAAAGAGACUCUCUGAACUCUUUCAAGAGAGGUUACGAGUUGAUCACGAUAUAGAUGAGCAAAAUACUGCAGGCAACAAAAAUGGGGUUUCUGCAAAAACCGAGGUCAAGGCAAGCAACCCCGUUCUACCACCAAAAUCUGCUAGUGGAACCCCUUAUGCUUCUGGGGCUAACUCUGGGUACAGUAGCGAAAGAACUCCCAAUGUAGCUCUUAUAAGAGCGGAGGACAAAUCCAUGAAGUCUGCAGAAUGUUGUAUUCCAAGGUUUCGUUCAAAUUGUAGCUUUAAUGGAAGGAAGAAGAAGAUGAGCCCUGCCCAUAGCGUUAAGUGA